AGCGCCGUGUAGUAAGUUUCAACUGGUUUAUCUUACGCGGUGUCUUUCUUGUGUGUGGUUUCUCUUUGGAUUUUUUUGCUUUUAUCGAGGUUGCCAUGGGGGAAGCCGAGAAGUUUCACUAUAUCUACAGUUGUGACCUGGACAUCAAUGUGCAGCUUAAGAUAGGAAGCUUGGAAGGAAAGAGAGAACAAAAGAGUUAUAAAGCUGUCCUAGAAGACCCAAUGUUGAAGUUUUCAGGACUGUACCAAGAGACGUGCUCUGAUCUUUAUGUAACUUGUCAAGUUUUUGCUGAAGGGAAACCUCUGGCUUUGCCAGUGAGAACGUCCUAUAAGGCAUUUAGUACAAGAUGGAACUGGAACGAAUGGUUAAAACUGCCCGUGAAAUACCCUGACCUGCCCAGGAAUGCGCAAGUGGCCUUGACCAUAUGGGAUGUGUAUGGACCAGGAAAAGCAGUGCCUGUAGGAGGAACGACUGUUUCACUCUUUGGAAAAUAUGGCAUGUUUCGUCAAGGAAUGCAUGACUUGAAAGUCUGGCCUAAUGUGGAAGCAGAUGGAUCAGAACCCACAAAAACUCCUGGCAGAACAAGCAGUACUCUCUCAGAAGAUCAAAUGAGCCGUCUUGCCAAGCUCACUAAAGCUCAUCGACAGGGACACAUGGUGAAAGUAGACUGGCUGGACAGAUUGACAUUUAGAGAAAUAGAAAUGAUAAAUGAGAGUGAAAAGCGAAGUUCUAAUUUCAUGUACUUGAUGGUUGAGUUUCGAUGUGUCAAGUGUGAUGAUAAGGAGUAUGGUAUUGUUUAUUAUGAAAAGGAUGGUGACGAAUCUUCCCCAAUUUUAACAAGCUUUGAGUUAGUGAAAGUUCCUGAUCCUCAGAUGUCUAUGGAGAAUUUAGUUGAGAGCAAGCACCACAAGCUUGCCCGGAGUUUAAGAAGUGGACCUUCUGACCACGAUCUCAAGCCCAAUGCUGCUACAAGAGAUCAGCUAAAUAUUAUUGUGAGUUAUCCACCAACCAAGCAACUUACAUAUGAAGAACAAGAUCUUGUCUGGAAGUUUAGAUAUUAUCUUACUAACCAAGAAAAAGCUUUGACAAAAUUCUUGAAGUGUGUUAAUUGGGAUCUACCUCAGGAGGCCAAACAAGCAUUGGAACUUCUGGGAAAAUGGAAACCAAUGGAUGUAGAGGAUUCCUUGGAGCUGUUGUCCUCUCAUUUUACCAAUCCAACAGUGAGGCGUUAUGCUGUGGCUCGGUUGCGACAGGCUGAUGAUGAGGAUUUGUUGAUGUACUUAUUACAGCUGGUCCAGGCUCUCAAAUAUGAAAAUUUUGAUGACAUAAAGAAUGGACUGGAACCUACCAAGAAGGAUAGCCAGGGUUCAGUGUCAGAGAAUGUGUCAAAUUCUGGAAUAAAUUCUGCAGAAAUAGAUAGCUCUCAGAUUAUAACCAGCCCACUUCCUCCAGUGUCUUCCCCUCCUCCUGCAUCUAAAGCAAAAGAAGUUUCAGAUGGUGAAACUCUGGAGCAAGAUCUAUGUACCUUCUUAAUAUCAAGAGCCUGCAAAAAUUCAACACUGGCUAAUUAUUUAUACUGGUAUGUGAUAGUAGAAUGUGAAGAUCAAGAUACUCAGCAGAGAGAUCCAAAGACCCAUGAGAUGUACUUGAAUGUUAUGAGAAGAUUCAGCCAAGCCUUGUUGAAGGGUGAUAAGUCUGUCAGAGUUAUGCGUUCUUUGCUGGCUGCACAGCAGACAUUUGUAGAUCGGUUGGUGCAUCUAAUGAAGGCAGUACAGCGUGAAAGUGGCAAUCGUAAGAAAAAGAAUGAGAGACUGCAAGCAUUGCUAGGAGAUAAUGAAAAGAUGAAUUUGUCAGAUGUGGAAUUGAUUCCAUUGCCUUUAGAACCUCAGGUGAAAAUUAGAGGAAUAAUCCCAGAAACAGCUACACUAUUUAAGAGUGCACUUAUGCCUGCACAACUGUUCUUUAAGACAGAAGAUGGAGGCAAAUAUCCAGUUAUAUUUAAGCAUGGAGAUGAUUUACGCCAAGACCAACUUAUUCUUCAGAUCAUUUCACUUAUGGACAAGCUAUUACGGAAAGAAAAUCUGGAUUUGAAAUUGACACCUUAUAAGGUCUUAGCCACUAGUACAAAACAUGGCUUCAUGCAGUUUAUCCAGUCAGUUCCUGUUGCUGAAGUUCUUGACACAGAAGGAAGCAUUCAGAACUUUUUCAGAAAAUAUGCACCAAGUGAGAAUGGGCCAAAUGGGAUCAGUACUGAAGUCAUGGAUACCUAUGUUAAGAGCUGUGCUGGAUAUUGUGUGAUUACAUAUAUACUUGGAGUUGGAGACAGACACCUGGAUAACCUUUUGCUAACAAAAACAGGCAAACUCUUCCACAUAGACUUUGGAUAUAUAUUGGGUCGAGAUCCGAAGCCCCUUCCUCCUCCAAUGAAACUGAAUAAAGAAAUGGUAGAAGGAAUGGGGGGCACCCAGAGUGAGCAGUACCAAGAGUUCCGUAAGCAGUGUUACACCGCUUUUCUCCAUCUUCGAAGGUAUUCAAAUCUGAUUUUGAAUUUGUUUUCACUAAUGGUUGAUGCAAACAUUCCAGAUAUUGCCCUUGAACCAGAUAAAACUGUGAAAAAGGUUCAGGAUAAAUUCCGCUUAGACCUGUCGGAUGAAGAGGCCGUGCAUUACAUGCAGAGUCUGAUUGAUGAAAGUGUCCAUGCCCUGUUUGCUGCAGUAGUAGAACAGAUUCACAAGUUUGCACAGUACUGGAGAAAAUGAAACUGGGUUUGGCCCAUCAAGAUGUUUGGUUCAGUAAGAAAAACCACAUUAGAAGCAACCAGUGUGUAUAAUGAAGACUUCCAAGUGACAAAGAAGAGAAUGGCACAUGUUUCCUUGGAUGAGGAACAUUGCUAAAUACAGUCUUAAAGGAUUUGUUUUAAAAUACUGUAUAUAUUUGUUACAUAAUGUAUACAUUAUAAAUGAGAAGCUUAUUUCUGGACAGUGUAUAUUUUAUGGGAAUUCUGGAGAAAUUUUAUGUUGAGAUUCUGAAUUCAAAAUUUUAUGAUUUUUUUUUGUUUGUUUUGUUUUUUCCCUUCUGGCAGUAAUGGGGUUUGAACUCAGGGGUUUGCGCUUGGUAGGCAGGUGAUCUACCACUUGAGACAUACCUCCAGUACUUUUUGCUCUGGUUAUAGAGUCUCAGUUUUUGCCCAUGCUGGCCUAGACCACAGUCUCCCUAUUUUAGGCUGCCCCCCCCUUGCUGGGGUGACAGGUAUACACCACUUAUGUCCACCUUUUUUUCUAGUGAGAUGGGAGUCUCAAGAACUUUUAUUUUCCCUGGCUGAGCAGGAACAAGAAUCCUCCCAAUCUCAUCUUUCUACAUAGCUUGGGAUGACAUGCACAUGCCACCACGCCCAGCUGUUGUUGGUUGAGAUAGGGUCUUAUGAACUGUUUGCGCUAGCUUCGAACCCAUCAUCGUAUCAAUCUCAGCCUCUCAAAUACCCAGGAUUACAGGCAUGGGCCAUAAGCAUGUGGCUUCAUAUCUUUACAUUAGGACUGUAGUUAUAUGAAUUUGGAUUAACAUCUUAGAUUAGAAGGUGUUUCUGCCCCUCUUCUUCCCUCUUUCCCAUCCCUAUUUUAAUUCAUGUUUUACUUAAUUUACAUUGUUUUCAUU